UUGUCAUCCUCAGAGCCGUUACUGACACUGUUUAUUGUUUCAGCGCGUUUUAUCCGAGCGGGGAAGGGUCGGCUGUUGUUACACCGCGGGUACACCUUCCGCCUGAAGAACAACCUGGCUCACGGACGGAAACAGUGGUACUGUUCGUCUCGGCUCACAUCGCGCUGCCUGGCCGACGUGAACACCGAAGGACCCGAGGGUUACGAGCGUAUAGUUCGCUCGCGUUACGCUCACAAUCACGCACCACCGAACGUGCGUCGUUUCGCCGACGGUCGCUACGUGGUCCGCACGCCGCACCAGAGCGGUCACCGCGCCCCCGCUCCUUUAGAUCCUCACCAGCAGCUCCUUCAACUACAGCAUGCUCUAGCUCUGUACGCUGCUACCGCUCACGCCACGGCCACGGCCAACGCCUCAGCUGCUGUCUCCGCAGCGACGGGUAGCGGCCAACAACCAUCCCCCAACGCCCUCCCCCCCUCCGCACAACACCCCCCCGCGGCCAAACCGCUCCUCGUCGACACCCCUUGUAAUGAAGAAGAUUAA